AUGAUGCCGAGGGGAGGACAGUGCUUCGAGAAGCUUCGGCGAUUUUUUCGGACGGUUUUCUUCGUGGCGGCAUUGGUGGCGUCGCUGCUCGUGACGUCACUGCCGGUGCUCGUCGCGGUCGUCGACGUGCUCGUCCCAUGCGUUCUCGUUUCCAGCUUCACCUGCGUCAACUGCUACGGCUUCAAGGAGCAUUUACGUCGUUACGCUUUCAAGAGCUCCUUGACGGAUAUUCCUCUCGUUUCGGUCAUACGAUCCCUCAUCAUUAUCUGUGUUUACUCCAUUUGUGAUGGCCCGGCACUUUCGCACGGUCCUUACCUUGGAACUGUGACUCUGUCGUCCUUCAUCUCAAUUGUCCUCCUAUCAGUCAAAGCUUGUGUUUUCUCUGUAAACUCCCAGAUUGAAGCAGACGCUGCUAUUUCCCCUACAAGACAGAGACUCCAUUUAAAGAAGUCAUGGGGAAUGCCUGUCUUAUUUCUCUCGUCAGUUGUGUUUGCUCUUGGCCACACUGUGGUUGCUUAUAGAACCAGCUGCAGAGCAAGGAGGAAGCUCAUGUUUCAUCGAGUUGACCCCGAAGCGGUCCUUUCGUGCAAGAAUGUUUUCUCCGGAUAUCAGAAGGUCCCUCGGUCUCCUGUUCCCUCCGAGGGGAGAACCCCAAAAAGUGACGGUGAAAUGAAAAGGAGGACUUUUGGAACAGCUCGUGAUGAAGAACUGCCACUCAGAUUACUUGCAGACUCAGAGAGCUUAUUCAUCCCCUACCAAGGUCUUUUUCUGCAUUACAAGCUCAGCAUGCCUGGUUCACCUCCACUUAAUAUGUCGUCAACAUUUUCAUCAGUGUCUGGGAGGUUGUCAAAGUUUAAUAGACAUUUGACGUGUAUAUCUCCAAAAGUCCAACGGCAACUCUACCGCAGCUAUAGCAAUCACUUAUGUGGCUCAUCUCUGUAUGCUCCUCUUUUAGAUGGACAAGUAACCUCUCCCCAUCUUAAUGAAGAAAUCCCUGUUUUGCAUCUAGAUGAAAUUUGUGAAGACGAGGAAACAAUUAAAUUAGAGUCCUUGUCUUCGGAGCAAAAUGUAGUGGACAUUGGUCAAGUAGGUAUUGUUUUGAUACAUGGGUUUGGUGGAGGGGUCUUCUCUUGGCGACAUGUUAUGGACCCUCUGGCCCGGCAGAGUAAUUGCACAGUUGCUGCAUUUGACAGGCCUGGUUGGGGAUUGACUUCAAGACUGAGUCGGGAGGAAUGGGAGAAGAAAGAGCUGCCUAAUCCUUAUAAACUUGAAAGUCAGGUUGAUCUCCUUUUGUCUUUCUGUUCUGAGAUUGGAUUUUCUUCGGUUGUGCUAAUUGGUCAUGAUGAUGGAGGGUUGCUUGCUCUGAUGGCUGCACAGAGAGUUCAAACAUCAAUGAAUUCUUUCAAUGUUACAGUGAAAGGGGUUGUAUUGUUGAAUGUUAACUUGUCAAGGGAAGUAGUUCCUUCCUUUGCUAAAAUCCUUCUGCAUACAUCACUUGGAAAGAAACAUUUGGUUCGUCCACUAUUAAGAACAGAAAUUACCCACGUGGUCAAUCGGCGGUCAUGGUAUGAUGCUACCAAACUGACAACAGAAGUUUUGACUCUGUAUAAGGCUCCACUAUAUGUAGAAGGAUGGGAUGAAGCACUUCACGAGAUUUGUAAAAUGUCAUCGGAAACCAUCCUUAGUGCAAAAAAUGCAGACUUAUUGCUACAAUCUGUAGAAGAUAUUCCUGUGUUGGUCAUAGCCGGUGCUGAAGAUUCACUCGUGUCAACGAAAUAUUGUCAAGCAAUGGCGUCCAAAUUUGUAAAUUCUAGACUGGUUGCAAUAUCCGGAUGUGGUCAUCUACCCCACGAGGAGUGUCCAAUGGCGUUGCUUGCGGCUAUAUCACCCUUCAUUAAUAAACUUUUCUCUGUAUAUAACUCGCAAAGCCAAUAG